AUGUAUGCUCUUGAUAAGAUGGGAGAUGAAGAAAUCAAUUUGAAGGAGGCUCUCAUCAGGUCCCUAAACGAAGAGGGUAUUUUACCAAAGCUUGAAGCUCAGCUAAAGGCAGCAGUGUACUUAGCUCUGGAAAAGCACAACUAUGCCGAAGGAAUACCGCUUUCAAAUCAGUCCAUUCGGUCCUUAUGGUCUACAGAAGAUGGCUUGAUCAUUGCGUCCCUAUUGGUGGAUUUUAUGAAUAUGAUGAAACUUGAAAAUACAUUAAAUGUCCUAAUGGACGAAGCGCAAAUGAAACAUCUAGAACUUUUUGACCGAGAUAAGUUGAUGGCCGUUCUACCUACUGAACGCAGUCCAAGCAGCUCUCCAGUGCUGCUGAACUUGAUUGAAACACUUAGACAUCUCCGGAGCCAGAAAAUGGAUGAAACGGAUUCAUCUACUUCAGCAUCAAAUAAUUCACGUAAUAAGUCAAGCAGAAUACCUGUCUUACAGAGUCGUAAAACGAGUUUUGGAUCCCAGGUAUCAGAUGAAACACUCAACACUCCAAAUCGCGACGUUAAUGGUUCGUCAAAAGUUAAAGAAACUAUAAACACUUCCCAGGAAACUCGUCUUCAAGAAAUAGUCACUAAUCACAGCAGCAGAACGCAAAUGCGUACAUCUGUAAUUGGGUCUACAGAUUCUCCGCGACCUUUAACACCGAAUUCUCCAGCUUUGAAUAAUGUUGCGAAGGUCGAAUCCCCCGGAAGGGCGAAUUCAGGAGGGAGUUCACCAUCCAUAGUCAGAGUGUUUGCACCAGUGAAAAAACAGUCGUCUUUAAAUGACGACAAAUCAGAUGUUGAUGAUGAUGAUGAUGAUAUUGAAGAAGUGUUAAGAGCCGAAGAGUCAGUGGCUGAUGAUACAGUCGACCAAACUGUUGAUUCAGAACAGAGCUUAGGCUUGGACUAUGUUGAAGAAAUACAACCACUACACAACUCUGUCUCGUUAACACGUACUGUUUAA